UCUUACCAUUCUUCAAACUCCGUUUCUGGUCUCAACUCAAUUCAUCAUCGGAGAGAGAGAGAGAGAGAGCGCCAUGGCUGUGUGCGCCACCGACACGAGUCGAGCCCUUUCCUGCCGAAACAGCCACGCCGCGUCGAACCUCAAACUUAUCUCGAUCUGCGUGAUCUUCUUCACAAGCGUAAUCGGCAUAUCAUCGCCGGUGAUGCUAGCUCGGCUGUUCCACGGCAAGCCGGUCUACGACAAGGCGAUCCUCAUAAUCAAGUGCUUCGCGGCCGGAGUGAUUCUCUCUACAUCGCUCGUCCACGUCCUCCCAGACGCCUUCGACGCCCUCGCCGACUGCCAGGUGGCGUCUCAACACCCCUGGAAGGACUUCCCCUUCUCCGGCCUCGUCACUCUAAUCGGAGUCCUCGCCGCCCUGUUAGUCGAUCUAACCGCUUCCUCGCACGUCGAUAGCCAUGGAAAGUCGAGCACUAAGAAUUAUACGCCUAUUGGGGGCGAGGAAUUGGAGGCGGCGAAGAAGAAAUCGGCGGUGGAAUUGGGGGCGGUGGAGGAGGAGGGUGGUGGUGGUGAGGGGGAAGCGGCGGCGGAGGAAGUGGUGAGGAUGAAGCAGAGAUUGGUGUCGCAGGUGUUGGAGAUUGGGAUAAUUUUUCAUUCGGUGAUUAUUGGAGUGACGAUGGGGAUGUCCCAGAAUCAGUGCACGAUUAGGCCGCUUGUUGCUGCACUCGCGUUUCACCAGAUCUUUGAAGGAAUGGGACUCGGUGGCUGUAUUGCUCAGGCAGGGUUCAGCUUUGGAACAACAGCUUACAUGUGCUUCAUGUUUUCAGUGACAACACCCAUAGGAAUAGUGUUGGGGAUGAUCAUUUUCUCCUUGACUGGUUAUGACGACAGUAGCCCUAAUGCCUUGAUUCUUGAAGGACUCUUGGGUUCUCUCUCCGCAGGUGUACUCAUUUACAUGGGUCUGGUUGACCUCAUUGCUCUUGACUUCUUCCACAGCAAGUUGAUGAGUUCUGAGUAUUGGUUGAAGAAGGCUUCUUUUGUUGCCCUUGUUCUUGGCUCUACCUCCAUGUCUAUCCUUGCCCUUUGGGCUUAGAAAGUUCUACAUAUCUCUCAAAGCAAUACAAAAAUCAUAUUGGUUUAUAUUUAUUUCUCAUCUCUCAACUGGUCUCAACCAAAGCCAUAGUAAACUGAUCAAGAUCUUCUCUAUUUCAUAAAUAAAAUUUUGGGUAUUUCACCAAA